GGGCAGGAAUCCGGGAGGGGCGGGUCUUAACGAGAACACGACGCGCCUUGUUGUGUGUAUUCCCUUGCUCGCAUCGCCAUCUUGUUGCAAUCCUAUUUUUUACGUAUGCGAGGAUCUACUUUCCGCUCGGCCGGAUUAGAAACUGCACUUCUGCUUUCAGCAGAAACACAGGGGACGACAAGCUCGGGGCUGCGGGUGUGAACCGUGCACACGGCGCUUCCUAGCGGGACACUACCUACCCCUCGGUCUUUUUCCUCUUUCCGUCCCGGGCCACCGGGUUGCCUGUCGUGAGGGUUUACGCGCAAUGAGCAUCGAUACACUUUUGGAGGCGGCCAGAUAUCUGGAAUGGCAAGCCCAGCAACAACAGAUCACACGUGAGGAAGAGCAGCGCAAAGAGAAGGAGUUCAUCAACAGGGAGACAGAGUCAAGGCGCGUGGAACUUGUGACCUCGUCGUCUCAGUCAGUCAGAGCCAACCACAUCACCUGGAGUGAUGACACUCACCGUCAACAGCCACAUCACCCUCCUGCCCCUCCGCCCCCCUCUCUCCCACCUCCUCAAGUCCCCAUCGCCGUCAUCCCAAUGGUCCCAGUUGUGACUGCGACACCCUCGGUUCCACCCCUUCCGCUUACAACGCCGAUAGCUGUGGCAGCGACAUCACUCAACAGCUCCCCGCCAGCCAAGAAUGCCUCCUCCCCUCCACAGCAGCAUCAGCAGCCGGCCUCUCGUCACCUGUUGUGCGCCCCCCAGAUGAAAGUAGAGACUAGUCAGCAGCUGAUUGGUGCAAAGCCCAGCCAGUCACAGCCUCAGGUUCAGAUUCAAUAUCCAACCUCCAUCAGCACGAAUGGUUCUGGCUCCCAGCACGCACUGGUUCCCCAUCAGGCUCCACCCACAUCUCAGCCGCGGCUGAAUGGAGUGACGAUGGAAGAUAUGAGGGGGAUGGAGGGGAAGAGAAGACCGGGAGGAGCGGGGACCAGAGAGGUGCAUAAUAAACUGGAGAAGAACAGGCGAGCACAUCUCAAAGAGUGUUUUGAGACGCUGAAGAAGAACGUUCCAAAUGUUGAUGAGAAGAAAACCUCCAACCUCAGCGUUCUCCGCAGCGCUUUGCGUUACAUACAGACUCUGAAGCGUAAGGAGAAGGAGUAUGAGCAUGAGAUGGAGCGUCUGGCCAGAGAGAAGAUCGCCACGCAGCAGCGCCUGGCCGAGCUGAAGAACGAGCUCAGCCAGUGCAUGGACGUCAUGGAGAUCGACAGGGUCCUCCGACAGACCAUCCAGCCAGAAGAUGACCAGGCCUCCACGUCCACUGCCUCAGAAGGAGAAGACAACUUUGAGCAGGACAUGGAUGAGGAGGUCCCUGCUCCUCCUGCUCCCACAUCCCUCCCCAAACCAACACCUCCCAUCUUACAAGCCCAGCCACUCCUCACCCCUCACCUGUCAAUCCAGCACACCACCCUGCCUCUCUCUGGAGUCCUGACCACCCCCUCCCCUUCUGGUCCCCCUCCCCCUCAAGCCAUAGCCCCUGCUCUGGCCCCAGGUCCGCCCCCUCCGCUGCCAGCUCAUCCCAUUCAGCCCUCGGCUGUGCAGGUCCAGCCCACUGUCAUUGCUCACGCCGCCGUCUCCCACCCUUCAGUCAUCCAAGCUGUCAAUCACGCCCUGCCAGCCAAUCACAAGCACCUAACACACAUUGCCCCGUCACCUGGCCCAACUUCCUCUACCCCUCAGCCGAUCACAGCGGCUCCAGCUGGCACCGCCACUCACCAGCCGAUAGCCACCCAUAUCACCGUCCACCCGGUGACUCACCUGGGAGCUCCCCUGCAAUCCCGCCUCCCGACUCUUUACUCCCAGGGCGUGUCUGUCUCCCAGCCCACCAUGGUGGGCCACAUCACUCACACCUUCACGCAUCACACCCUGCCGCACGUCCAGGCUAAUCCUCAAGCUAACACUAAUGGAGCCCAGGUGAACAGCGCAGCCGUGGUGAGCCAGGGGAGCCCGUCGCUAGGGAAACCCACAGCAGUGCUGGCCCCCCACCCUCAGCUGGUUGGACAGGCUGCCGUCCUCAACCCUGUCACCAUGGUUACAGUCCCAACCUUUCCUGUCAGCACACUCAAACUGGCCUGAAAGAGUAACAUAAAAAAAAGAUGCAAUGAACUGAAAGGAGAGAAAGAUUCAGAACUUCUGGAUGAGUUUUCACACUCCUAUCAAUAAUCAAUAGCAGAGAAUCUCUGACAGACACAUGAAAAUUUCCCAAAAAAAAAAAAACAUCAACAAGUGUUUUUUGGACAUCUUGUGACAAAUAUCUUCAGAGAUAUUCUGGUCGCAGCUCUGUUAGUUUGUGAACAAUAACAUUAAAGCAGAGUCAGUCAGUGGGUCCGGCCAUUGUUUGUGAAAAAAAAGACUGUGACAUUUGUCUCCGCUGCAAAGACAGGAACUCUGUUUUACCUUCCUUCCUUGCCUUCUUCUCUCCUUCCUUCCUUCCUUCCCUUCUCUCCUUCCUUUACAACCAGAAGCACUAACAUAAUAAGCUCAGUUCACACUCAGGCAUCAAGGAUUUACCUUAACUAUUCAUUGACCCAUUGAGGGGAAAAUGCAUUGGAGCGAGAGAGUCGUUUGUCGUUAGGCUGUUGUGGUGAUACAGUAUGUGGCCAUUUUGUAUUCGUGUAAUCACGGUGUCCUGUGGGACAUUGUGGUGGAAUAAUGUCACUGAUGUGUUUGAGAGCAGGAGGAGGGAGCUCCGUGGUCUCACUAAUCCUAAUAAAUUACACACAAGGCUUUGAUCAAGUGUGAAGUAGACCACAGAGCUACAACACUGUCACGCACUGUUGACGCAGUUUUUCAUUUCUUGUUAUCAAGAAAACUGUAGGUCCAUGACAGUCAAGUUCCUCAUUUACAUUGCUUCCAGUUUUCUUAUAUCAUCCCUUCGCUGACAAAAAAAAAAAAAUGUACAAAACUUGCUUCGGGAGCUGACUGAUCCUCUCCGUCGUCCUCCGAAUUGAAAGUUCCUCACCAUUUCACUGGGCACCAAACACCUUGCAAAUAAUUGAAGAAAAAAGAAUGAGAAGUGGAUGGUAAUGCAUUAAUGAAACUGUAUCAGAUCUGCACUUAAGAAAGACAAGACGAGGGAGAAAGACAACCUCAUCGUCUCUGCAUGUGAUUUCUGUCCUGCUGUCAUCUCAUGAUGAUGUGAGUGGAGUCAUUUUAUCCACUACCGCUCGUGGCUUUCUUUUUGGAGGGCGACUCCGAAACAGUGGAGUUUCAGAUAUGGAGCACCUCCAGACACGAGGGGCAGGUUUAAAGAGGGGAAGAAUUAGGACAAGGAUUGCUUGGUUUGCUCAACAUACAGUACCAUCUGUUAUCGCUCGCCGUUUGGAGAAGUCAUGUUGGGAGACAGCAUGACCUUUGCCUGUUGGUUAAUGCACAGACAUUGCAUUUCCUCUCAGGAAACCACCAAACUACUAGAGCAACAAAUUUGAGCUCAGCAGUCAGAGAGUCCUGAAACAGACUGGAGUUAAAGUGGAAAAAACAAGUUGGGAUUAGAAAUUGGCAAAAAUGGAUUUCCCAUUUAUUCAUUGAUAAAGUAAUUCCUGCAGCCAGUUAAGAGUAUAACAGCGAUGCACCCCAGUUUUGAUGUGAUUACCUAUCCCAAAGUGAAAAGCUUGGAAGGAAUUAAAUGUCAGCUAUUUUCUAAGGGUUUUUGAAAGAACAGUGGUAAUGUUAAAGGCUCCUGGACAUAUCUGUUACUGUCAGAUUGAUUUGAUUCUUACUGUACCAAGGUAUGGAUACGACCUAACAAGAUGAUUUCACUUUGAGAGAUCAUACACGUACAGAUUUGUCAUUUGGGUACGCUGAAUCAGUGGUGACUUUGAGGUGAGACGGAGGCUUUGUAAGUGCUCAGGAAACCAGCCAGAAUCGUUCCAAAAGGUCCAGCAGUGUUUGCGUGUGCUUUACAUUGGCUUUUGAUAAGACUGUUCAUGCGAGGCCUGGUACAGACUGUUCGGACAGUGCAAAGUCUAAAAGUUGUCAGCUUAUUGCAAAUGCCUGAAAUUUGUUUGGUGAAUUUGAUUUCAGAGACGACCCCGGGAGAAGAUGUUGAGAUCCUGUGCAGAAAGCAGUAACUGCUCUCAAAACAUUCACUGGCAGGUUUCCUCUUGUCGCAAUCAUGGUUGAUGUUCCCCUAACACACUGUAGGGCUAACACAGAUUUUCAUCCUCUUCACGCUAAUGCAACAGCUCCCUCUGCUGCCUCAUCCCAGACCUCAUACUGAUGUUACUCACACACACACACACACACACACAACACUUGGGGCACAACACAGACUUCCUGCACAGGCUUUUGAAAUCUGGAAGUAAACAAUGAGAGGCACGUUGAGUGCGAAAUUUGAGUCUUGACCUUGAAAAAAGUCAUUUGACCAGAAAAAACAGAAGAAAAAAAGAAAAAUCUUAACUCGGGAAAUGAUUCCGAUUGAAGCUUUGUACUUCAUUGCAUUAGGUACGGUAUAGAACUUUGGUCACCUGAUAAACUCCAACUGCUGAGAAGACUGUGAGAUGUGGAAGAAAAGACCAGAAAAAGUAAUAAGUUGACCUUGAGUUAAGGUUCUUCUGUUUUUUUGUUUUUUUUUGGGGAAAGAACUAGGUGAGAUAUAUUUUUCUCACUUAAAGGUCUUGAAAAGUUUGGCUAUAGCACAAAAAUAUUAAAAAGAAUGGAAGAAGUAUUGGUCAAGCCUGGGAUCACUUUACAUUUUAUUGAAGUUUUGCGGAGAAUAAUUUGGCAGCAACAUGGCCUUUUCGACAGCGCCAUUUUCCGACAAACAGUAUUGAACAGCACGCUAAAUCCUCUGCUCCAGUCCAGAAAAUCAGUUAUGAAAUAUUUUCAUUUCGAAAUGGAAAAAUGUGUUGUGUCGCAAUCCUCUUUUUGUAGUGUCUUUUGUGAUGUUCACGUGCACGCUCAUGGCUUCACAGCCUUCUUGCCAGCCUACACACGUCACGCCAUGAAAUCUCCCAUCAGUGUAUGUGUAUGUAGUCAAAUGUUGCGUGGAUCUGCUCCUUUCCUCCUCUGCUGUUUCGGUAUGUUAUGUCUGUAUAUGUGACUGUAUUCAAUAUGUUUUAUAUUCUGUACUAUAGUUAAUCCUACUGUACCUGUAGCAUGGCUCUGUUUUUUGGUUAUACAUUUUGCCCUGUGCAUGAUGGAGUGUGAGUGUGUGUGUGUGUGUGUGUGUGUGUGUGUGUGUGUAGCAAGCAAGCUAUUUUUUUACAGAGGUGAUUUAUGGUAUGAGCCUGUUCGGGUGCUAUCGUGUGUGCCUAUACUCAGUUUUCCUGAACACUGUGACAACCUUGGCAAAACACGUACACACUGAGCGAAUGGAAGAGACAAAGAUUUACUGUCAUAAUUUUUUUUUUCUUUUUUUUCUUUUUUUUUUUAAUGUUUUUAAGUUUUCCAUUUUGUGAGUUGGACUGAGACAUAGAGUGGAAAAAGUAAAAAACAAAAAAAGUUGUUGCUCUUUUCUUGAUAACAUAAUAAUGUCUAAUAUUCAGUUUGAGUUUUGUAAUAUUUGUAUGUAUGUAUGAAAGUUUUGUAAAUUUGUGAUUGUAUGCACGUUUUGGCAUAUGAGUGUAUGUAUCUUAAGAUUUUAAAUGCUUGUUUCUUUUUGAUUUUGUUUUGCAUGUAGAUUGCCAUUUAGUUUCUCGUUUAAAGGUUUUGUUUUCAUGUUUAUUUUUGGGACCAUGUACAAUACUGUAUAACGUGGGCAGGAUCUUGGACCUCAUGCUACCUUGAUAUUAUAUAUGAAUAUAAAAACAUGUUUUCCCUAUGGAGAAAGUUUUAAGUUAUAUAUCGCCUGUACACUUUGGGCUGCCUUUUAGAUCUAACUGUCCACUGUUUAAGAUAACAAUGAUGAUAAUGGAUAAAACAUAUUAAU